AUGCCGCAGAACGGUUCGGCGCGGUCCGCCGGUCAAACUGUGUGCAACCCCGGCACAAGCCUGAGCAACAAUACCACGACCAACCACACAACUACAGACGCAACAUCAAUUUCUUCACGCAAUGAUACUCCAACAACCGAGAUUAUCAUUCCUGCCGACUCGCCGCCCUUCGAUGCUCGCCCUAGUCUGAAGCGUGUCCGUACCGAUACUACCUACGACACGCUUGAGGAGGCACCCGCUGUCAAGCCUGCGCCGAAGGAAAAGAGACUACCACAUCAUGUGAUUGAGCGGCGUUAUCGCGAGAACCUCAACACACAAAUCGAGCAGUUGCGUGCAGCAGUUCCCUCAACGACAUCGCCGUGUCUCAACCUCGACAUGGAGGACAUUGGCCCCACCUACGCGUCUGCUAGUGCGUCGCAGAAUGCUGCUGCUACCACCAAUAACGGCAUCAGACCCCUCAGCAAAGCCGGCGUGAUUGCUCAUGCGGCCGAGUAUAUGCGUCAGCUGUCUACCCAGAACGACGAGGUGGAGAAGCGUAAUGCAGAGCUACGCAUGACAGUUGAGGCGUUGCGACGACUUGUCAAUUGCGAGGGAUGUGGGGUCGUUCAACAACUCAUCGAUGCUGGAUCAUGA